AGAGGAUGUGAGUGGCUGGAGUAGCCGUCCGAUUGCUUUGGAAAAGUGGUGCUUUGAAGACAAUCCACUAAGCCCCACGACGCAAUGUAAUCGACUGAAAGGUGGCAGAUAGUUUCGGACAAGAAUCCGUUCAAUCUCGCUACUGCUUCGAGUCGUUUGGGUGCAGGUUGAAACGUCGAGGCCUGCUUUGUUAGCCUAGCCUAGUUUAGCAGCUAACAAAAGAGAACAAACAACGCGCCUGGGAUAAAAUCGUCGCCUUGCAAGCCAACAUCAAGUUCCAAAAUGUCAGAUGUCAGUCAAGUGCAUCGUCCUGAACGCCAGGAGUCUCCUCGCAUGGAGGAAGAGUUGCCAUACAUCAAGAAGGUGGGGGAAAAAUUCGUCCACAUUAAAGAGGAGCAGGAGGAGUAUUUCAUUAGAGUGGUGAACCCCUACAUUGAGGAGCAGCAGCAACCUCAUUCCCUCAAAAAGGAGGAGGAGGAGGAGGACCCUCCAUAUGUUAAAGUGAAGGUGGUGGACAUGCCCGAGUGGACUGAUGAGCCCUUGAAGGGUGAAGAUGGCGGUGAGAGUGAGGCCAGCAGAGGGAAGGAGCCUCAGAAUGGCAGCAACAGCAGUUCAAAAGAACGAUCCCAAGCAGACAACCUCAUCGCUCAACCAUCAGAGAGUGACGAUUUCACAUCACACUCCUUGUUCUGUUUCAGCAAAUAUCUUGGUCCUGACGCUCAACAGCUAAAGAGAAAAGUACAACUUCCAAUCAAAAAGGAGGAAGUAGAGCUGCCAUACAUUAAAGAGGAGGGCGAUAUCACCAUGUCGACUGGUGAGCCCUUGAAUAGCAAGGAUGGUCCGAGUAAGACCAGCAGUGGGACAGAGCUUCCAAGCAGCAGCUCAACAGAAGGAUCGCAAGCGCACAUUUUCAUCGCACCAUCAGAUGGAAAUGGCGCCACGUCACACUCACCUUACAAAGAUGAUGGUCAUAAGAAAUCUCACCAUGGGAAAACCUUUGCUAAAAACCAUACUUGUCGUAUGCCUAUGAGGAGCCACACUGGUGAAAAACCUUUCAUCUGCUCAGUUUGUGGGAAAAGAUUCAAUCACAGGAGCAACUUAAAACGACACACAAGAACCCACACCGGCGAAAAACCUUUUUCCUGCUCAGUUUGUGGUCGAGGUUUCGCUAAAAAGCAGAACUUACAAACACACGAAAGAACGCACACCGGAGAAAAACCUUUUUCCUGCUCAGUUUGUUGUCAAGGAUUCACUCAAAAUCACCACUUAAAAGUACACACAAGAACCCACACUGGUGAAAAACCUUUUUCCUGCUUAGUUUGUGGGCAAGGAUUCAGUCAUAAGAGUGCCUUAAGAGGACACACAAGAACCCACACCGGAGUGAAACCUUUUUCCUGCUCAGUUUGUGGUCACAGUUUCACUGAAAAGAAAAACUUACAAACACACACAAGAACCCACACUGGAGAAAAACCUUUUUCCUGCUCAGUGUGUGGUCAAGGAUUCGCUCAAAUUCAACACUUAAAAGUACACACAAGAACCCACACUGGUGAAAAACCUUUUUCCUGCUCAGUUUGUGGUCAAAAGUUCGCUCGAAAGGAUCAGAUUAAGAGACACGUGUGUAUUGGGGUGAGAAGCAGUGGCCAAUGACUGUUUUGCCUGUCAUCCACUCUGCCUUCAUCAGAUUGUGCACUCAGGUCAAUUGUCGUCUGUAAAGUUUGCUCAAAUCCUGUUGACGAUUGGCAGUAUUGGUGCUUUACAUGUGCUUUGUCCAAUCCUUGUAUGAUGUGGAUCCACAGUAGGCCUGAACGAUAUUGGAAAAAACUAUUGUUGCGAUUUUUGGGGGGUUUGCAAUAUAUUGCGAUAUUAUAUUGCGAUAUUGGGAAAAAAUUAUAUUUUUUAAAGAAAUUUUUACUAGAUGACUUGAAUAGCUGUUUGGAAAGACUUUGGAUGACUCACCAUCACCACAGUGUACAGUGAUCCCUCGUUUUUCGUGCUUAACGGGGAUCAGAACCCGCUGCGAUAAGUGAAAAACCGUGAAGUAGCGCACCCCCCACCCCCCAAUUUAUUUUUGUGUGUGUGUGUGUGUGUGUUUUUGCUCAAUGUAUUCAGAUUUUGCAUUGGAAAGAGAUACAUAUAAGACUUGAUUUUUUUUCUCACUUUCCCCCCCCAAAGUGCUUUAAAAAAAUGUAUAUAAAUAAAAGGUUUUUAAGCACUUCAAAUGUCAUAAUUAUGAUCAGUUUUAAACAUAACGGUCCAACCAAAUCAUUUUUUAACAUAA